GUCCAGCAGGAUCCUCAACAGGGAACCACUUACUAUUCGAUAAAUAGAUACGAUAUCUUUCUAUACAUGUUCAUUUCUCCCAGAGGAUCUCUCACGAUAAUGCGCUGGGAUGAUGGAGCUAAGAUGCAUAGAUGGGUUUGUGCCAAAGUCAAAUGAAGAAUGGAACGGUGGAAACUGGAUCAGAGGAUGUGCAAGAGAGAUGGAAUUGAAUUGCCAGAAAAACACAAGCACAUCGAUUUCUACAAAUGUAAAGAAAGAUGCAUUUUGGCAAAUGAGCCAGAUGAAACUACCCGACUCUGGGGACUAUGUAUCAGACGUUGAAGAUGAAGAAGGAUGUGAAAGCUGGUGCCGGAGCAAUUGUUCUUGCUUGGCUUAUUCUUACGUCAGCACCAUUGGGUGUAUGGUUUGGAGUAAAGACCUCAUUGAUCUUGAGGAAUUUCCCACAGCUGGGGAAGAUCUAUUUGUUCGAGUCGCACAUAUAAAAGCAGGAGGAUCGCGACACAGAGCAGUUAUCAUCAGCCUGAGUACUAUUGCAGGGAUUAUGUUCUUUGCAGUAUUUGUUUUUGUUCUUUGCAAAUGGAGAGCUAACAAAACAGGAAACUUGAGCAAAAUUCGAAGGCUCCUUGAUUCAGUAGAUACACUGGAAAAAUCGACUGAGCUGACACAAGGAAAUGCAUGGCAAGAGCAGUUGAAGCAAGAUGAUUCGCCAGAAUUGACCCUUUAUAGUUUUGAUAGCAUACUACUUGCUACAAACAAGUUCAGCACGACAAGGGAAGCUGAAAGAUGGGAAAGAGGUAGGUGUGAAAAGACUUUCCAGUACCUCAGCCCAAGGCGUUGA